UAAAUUACAUGUUUGAUUAUACCAUAUAUUAUAACUACAUAUUAUAAAUCCCAAAAAAUAUUUUAUUACCUUGUGUAAAUUGACACCUAGCAUUUUCCUCACAUACAUGUAGUGAAAAGUUUUGGUCAACGAUAUGGCAAGAUUAACACGUGGAUAAGAAGUAACCUCAGUGCUGACAUCUUUCUUGUUCAACAAAACUGAACUGCGAAAACGGAUCGAGUUUUCUUCGAUUCAUCAUGCGUUUUUUAGGAUCUCGCCAAUGUUUCAUGUAUUCAUCAUUCAAAUCUGUUCGUACGAGGCAUGAGUGGUAGAGGGAGACGGAAUGGAUUCGUUCGAUGAGAGCUACGGGACGGCGGAAGGCGACGUCAUCCACCCCGCCGCUUCACGCCCCUUCGACGAUGACGGUUACAUUGCCUAUGAUCCUCGACUUCAAUCGCAGCGCUACGAAUUCGACGUUCCGCCAGCGCCGGAGGACGACGACGGCGGCGGUAUCCAUAAUCCGCCGCCGCCGCCGCCGAACGAUUACUUCGGCGGCGAUAGCAUGCAGUCGCCUGAGAGUUACGGCUUCGUAGCUUCUGUCAAUCAGGAGUACUCGCCGUCGCCAUUCGAAGCCUCGCCGCAGCCGCCGCAGGAUUCUCAUGCGGCCAAUGUCCAUUCCAAGCCUUACGAUAUCGGAGCUGAUUCUGAGGGCCUCUUCAGCUCCGCCGCCAGCGGCGACAUUGGUCCCCUGCUUCCUGACCCUAGCCAGAUGAGGGAGGAAGGAGCCGCAUUUCGCGAGUGGCGCCGUCAAAAUGCAAUAUUUCUUGAGGAGAAGGAAAAGAAGGAAAAGGAAAUGAGGAAUCAGAUUAUCCAUGAAGCAAAUGAAUACAUCCGAACAUUUUACGAGAAAAGGAAGCAAAAUGGUGAGACCACCAAAGCACACAAUCGAGAAAGUGAAAAGCUGUAUCUGGCGAACCAAGAGAAAUUCCAUAAAGAAGCUGAUAAACAAUACUGGAAGGCGAUCGCAGAGCUAGUACCUCGGGAGAUAGCUAACAUAGAGAAAAGGGGACGAAAGAAGGAAGAAGAAAGGAAACCUGGAAUCACUGUGAUUCAAGGUCCAAAGCCUGGGAAGGCAGCUGAUCUAUCCAGAAUGCGUCAAAUUUUCCAGAAGCUCAAGGUAAAGCCCCCACCGCAUAUGAUACCUCCGCCUCCUCCCAAGGAUGGGAAAGACGACGCCAAUAAGGAAACAACAAAGAAUGCAAAAGACGGCAAUAAUAAGGAAACAACAAAGGAUUCAAAAGAUGAAGCCAAUAAGGAUGGAAAAGGUACAAAUGAGGCGAAGAAGGACGAUAAAGUUGUGACACAACCUGAUGACAAGCCCGUCGUUGAAGCACCUAAAACGGAGAUACCUGCAGGUUCUGGUUCUGGUUCAAGUGAAGGUGAGAAAGAAAAGAAAGUUGACACUGAUCCAGCCUCCUCGCAUGCGUCAUAAGUUUUUUUUUUCUGAUCUUCUUCUUUUCUAGAUACUCACUCGUUUUGAUUUUCACUUCAUUCAUGUUAAUUAGCUCCUAGCAUUACAACCAGGUGGAGAAAUAAGAUAAGAGUUUUAAUUUGUUUCU